AAUGACCUGUUUUCUCUCAAAUAAUAGGCCUGUGAGUGAGACUCGGGCUGCUCUUUUUGAAUGGGAUGAUCCCUCUGUGUGUCUGACGUCCUGGGAGAGUUCCAGGAGCUGCGGAUGAAUUCCGCACGAAGGCGCUGAGGCUCCAGUCAGACUGACGCCGCGGCGCUCGCUCCAUCCAAACACACGCGCUAUACACCUCCAAUCGGAGCGAGAUUCAGCGUUCGGCUGUUUCGCGGAAUUACCCGACUACGCGGACUGUUGUUCGACUUGUCACAGUAAGAAGCUAUUAUUUGCCUGGUCUGGCCAAAGAUGGAAGCAAGCAUCUCUGGUUUCAAAUGCUCAAACGGCAUUGAUUUUUGGCAGAUCGGUUUCUGCAUCAGAAAGCUUCGGCAGGAAAGGGAGAGGACGAAAAGAGAAAACCAGCUGACCGCCUAAUGUAAAAAUCACUGUCAGGGGGUUUAUUCUAUACCCGCCUGUGUCUUGUCUGUAAAGAAAUAAACUGAGGCUCCUGGGUUGGAGUGAUUUAAAACAGAUCUGCCCCAAGCUUUGAGAAAAAUCCAGUCCCUGCUGUCGCCUCAUCCCAUAAUGCACUCCACUACAUCCAUCACGUCCCUCUUCUCCUUCACCAGUCCAGCUGUGAAACGGCUGCUGGGCUGGAAACAAGGAGACGAGGAGGAAAAGUGGGCGGAAAAGGCUGUGGAUUCCCUCGUAAAGAAGCUCAAGAAAAAGAAAGGGGCCAUGGAAGAACUGGAAAAGGCUCUGAGCUGUCCUGGCCAGCCUAGUAAAUGCGUCACCAUCCCUCGAUCCCUAGAUGGGAGGCUACAGGUGUCCCACCGUAAAGGUCUACCGCACGUUAUCUACUGCAGAGUGUGGCGCUGGCCGGAUCUUCAAUCCCACCACGAGCUCAAAGCACUAGACUGCUGUGAGUUUCCUUUCGGCUCGAAGCAAAAGGAGAUCUGCAUCAAUCCAUAUCAUUACCGCCGUGUGGAGACACCAGUUCUACCGCCGGUUCUUGUGCCACGUCACAGUGAGUUUAAUCCCCAGCACAGCUUGCUGGCAAAGUUCCGGAACGCUUCCCUACACAACGAGCCUCUCAUGCCCCAAAAUGCCACUUACCCAGACUCCUUCCCUGCGAUGCCCUGUAGCUCAUUCUCUUCAUCUCCUUCCAGCUCUUUAAACCAGUCCCCAACUGCACACAGCUACCCCAACUCCCCCAGCAGUGGGACCGACCCUGGGAGCCCCUACCAAAUCACGGCAGAGACGCCUCCACCACCCUACAGUAUGAUGGAGACGUCUCCAUCUGAGGAUGUGAAACCGGGAGAGUCCUCCACCACCACUAAACUCAUUUUGUCAGCCCCACAUAGAGACUUGAGGCCAGUGUGUUAUGAGGAACCAGAAUACUGGUGUUCAGUGGCGUAUUACGAGCUAAACAACAGGGUGGGCGAGACGUUCCAUGCCUCUUCCAGAAGCAUCCUCGUGGACGGUUUUACGGACCCCUCCAACAACAAAAACCGCUUCUGUCUCGGAUUACUAUCCAACGUCAACCGAAACUCCACCAUUGAACACACUCGCAGACACAUCGGCAAAGGUGUGCACUUAUAUUAUGUCGGAGGGGAGGUGUACGCUGAGUGUUUGAGCGACAGCAGUAUUUUCGUACAGAGUCGGAACUGUAACUACCAGCAUGGUUUCCAUCCCACCACCGUCUGCAAGAUCCCGAGUGGAUGCAGCCUGAAGAUAUUCAACAACCAGCUGUUUGCCCAGCUGCUGUCGCAGUCAGUCAAUCACGGCUUUGAGGUGGUGUAUGAACUUACCAAGAUGUGCACCAUCAGGAUGAGCUUUGUCAAGGGCUGGGGAGCCGAGUACCAUCGUCAGGAUGUAACCAGCACCCCCUGCUGGAUAGAAAUCCACCUGCACGGGCCCCUGCAGUGGCUAGACAAAGUUCUGACCCAGAUGGGCUCUCCACACAAUCCUAUUUCUUCCGUGUCCUAAUGAAUUACAGAACAAGGGGAAUAUAGUUCUCCAAUAGACUUUCAUAGUGCCCCAAGACACAUAAUGCUCUUACUCUUGUCUUUUCAGUGGAUGUUUAUGGUACUGCUAUAGGAUCAGCCAGGAAAUACGUACAAUAUCAUGCUGUUAAAUAAGCAGUGGUUAGAUGAGUGUUGCAAUGAUUUUAAUAAAAAAAAACAGAAAAAACACUACUACUUCACAGUAUGUAGUAGCUAAGAUCAAUUCAGACAGAAGCUCUCUAAUAGAAAGCCAAAGAAAUGUGUUAGUAGGCAGGUACUUGUUCUGGAAAUGGUUUAUUUGUGUCAUAUUUUGAGUAAUAUGUACCUUCUAUAGCAUUUCAUGUUGUUUUCUUCAUUUGCGUUAGCUGUCCUUGUAAUACAAAAAACCUUCUUCUA